AAAGUUCUAAAUAAACGAACGCCAGAAAUAAAAAUUGCUGCGAAAAUUUUCGAAUCCGUUCACUUUUAUGUAGAUGCAAUUGUGAUAAGAAUAAUGAGCCAUUAUUUGACCCUCCAGUGUCUACCGUCAAGAUUAAUGUUUCUGGAAACGCUGUCAAGUCGCAUCAAAAUUUCCGUUGUCAGUCUCCGAAAUGAAGCACUGCAGUAUCUGCAAUCGCGAGUUCGACGCCUCCGAACUCCUCCAGAGCAGCCAGGACGACUUCUUCUGCAAGGAGUGUUUCAAGUACCAGUACUGCACCUGUAGACAAUUAUGCACGAAGAAGAAAUCGGCGUCGGCAAACAAGUGUGAAGGCGAUUCCGUGACAAAGCCGAGGAAGAUGUUCUCUAUGGAUGAACUGUCGGCGAUACAGAAGGACAGGGAGCGAGCGAACCGCCACUGCACCUCCAAGAGGCCGUUGCAGUGUCCACACAUCGAUUGCAACAGGUACGUGAGCGUUUUUGACUUGAAUGCGCACUUCCAGCAUGAACACAUAGAGGUGAAGAUCACACAGACGAUGCUGGACUCCAGGAAUCCCCUGACUUUUUAUCCGAAGGAUAUCCGGUAUGGGGUGAAGCAGUGUCUGCUUCUUUUUAACGUCAUACCGAACCUUGAUGACCUUAUGAACAACAGCCAACCGGAAAAACCUACGACGCCUAUAACAGUGGCCGUCUUGGCUUCGAGGCUAGCAGCGGCCCAACUCAGCGAAGAAACGAUCAACGAAUGUAUCCUCGAAGACGAAGACUGUAAUGAGCUCACCACGUGCAUUAACGAUAAAAUCAUUAUCUGGAUCGCCUCGAAUAUAGUUUGCAACUAUAAUUACACGGCUGCAGUGUCCACAGUGUCUGAAGACGUGAGACUCAAGUACUACGGACCGGUGUUACAGUUAGGCAAUAAUCCAAAGAAGCUGUGCAUGGAAGGACACUGUUUAAUUCUCAGCCAUUUCCAUUUCCUGGGAAUGUCUGAAAAUGGCACCAAGCCUCUGCAUUUGGACGUCAUUAUACAUUCGGAAGAUUAGAAGAUUUGUUAUGAAGAAAGUAAAUUUUUGUGAAACUGAUUCCGGAACUUUUUUUAAUAUAUUCAUUUAAUUGA